AUGUGGGAGAAAACAUUUGUGCUGCUGCUUCACGCUGUGGAAGCUGUAGUGGCGUCUCAGUGCUGGCAGGGGGCGACCUUCUCUGAGGCGGUGGUGUCUCCGGCGGUGGAGAGCAGCGGUAUCCUGCGUGUGCCGGGUGUUGCGUCGCUGCCGCAGUGCGUGGCGGCGUGCUGCGACCUGCCGGGUUACGACCUGGCCUGGAUGUUCAAAGGCCGCUGCUACGUCCUGAGCUGCCAGCAGAGGGAGAACUGUCAGCCCCAAGAGCGACCCGGCGCCGACUCUGUCCUCGCCUUCCUGCGCCGGACGUCGCAGCAGACGCUCGUGCUGCAGUCUCUGGUGCGAGGCGAGCCGUACGGCGGUCGCUGGAGGCCCCUCUCUAGGUCCUCUGAGGCCCCUGGGGACCUGGAGGCUCUGAAGGACCUCGCCCUCUUUGAUGGACCCCAGCAGGACUUCUCUGACCCUGGCAUGCUGGAUGUGGAGUACUCAGAGGGAAGCUUGGAGGAGCGGGGCGGGGGCGGGGGAAGAGGAGGAGGAGCAGAGGCUGAGCUGAUGACCCAUCAACCAUCCUUGAACGGAGGAGAGAAGUUUAACCAAUCAGAGGCAGAGGAAGGGUUAGAGAGGGGGCCGACGGAGAGCAGCGUGGCCCAAGACAGAGCCUCGUCUGAGGGGAGUCUGAGCCGGGGAGACGAGGACAGAACCAGGAGACCAGCUGAUGCAGCUGCUGCAGAGAAAACGACCAAAACGCAGAGCGGCACCAGUUCUACAUCAUCAUCAUCAUCAUCAUCAUCAUCAUCAUCAUCAUGGCUGUCGCUACGGAAACCAACAACAGCCUCCUCGCAAAGCAAAGAUAUAAGGGCUUCACCUUCCAGCUCUGCCACGCCCCACUGGACCAGCAACACGCCCACACAGACAGAUCAACCCCUGAAAGUCUCCCUUGGAAACCCCGUAGAACAGACGACGCUCACAGUUAAAAUAGACGCUUCGCUUCCCCAUGAACCUACGACUGAUGCAGUGAAGUUGUUCCAGUCAGCAGUCGGAGCUCCACCUGCCACUCAGCCUCUGAUCCGUGCGGUGACCUCUGACCCUGCCACCACGCCGCCUCGCAGCACCAUCGCCCCGGCAACAACAACAACAACCACCGUCGCCGCUGCACCUUCUGCUACGACUGCCACAGAGCCCGUAUCAGAGGUCGGGGGGUCAAACCGUGGUCCGGUGGCCAUUGUGGGUCCUGACAGGAAGUUGUUUCUCCCGGUGAGCAGCGUGGUGCUCGAUGGCAGCGGCAGCACUGACGACCGCGCCAUUGUUAGCUACCACUGGGACGCCACCAGUGGUCCUCCGGGAUUAAAGCUGGAGGGUGGAGAGCAGGCGGUUGCCACGGCGACAGGCCUCCGGAUGGGACGCUACACCUUCAGAUUGACCGUCAGUGACCAGCAGGGGGCGACAGACAGCGCCUCGCUGACCGUCAGAGUCCAAGAGGUCAGAAGUCCUCUUCCCAUCGCUCACGCCAGCGGCAGCCACACUCUCACUCUGCCCAACAACUCUCUCGUCCUCCGCGGCUCCAUGACCGAGGGAGACCAGACGGAUGUUCACUACCUUUGGGUCCGAGACAGCCAGAGUCCUGCUGCUGGGGAUGUGCUGUACGACUCGGACACUCAGGCCUCGCUCUACUUGUCCAACCUGGUUGAAGGAACCUACCUUUUCCAGCUGAGAGUCACCGACGCUCAGGGACGCUCCAGCACCGCGACGGCCACUGUGGAGGUCCGACCAGAGCCGGGUGGAGGGGAGGAGGUGGAGCUGGAGAUGCUGGUGUCGGUGUCUCAGGUCAGCGUUGCUCAGAGAGACACGGUGGUCCGACAGCUCGCCGCUCUGCUGCACGUUCUGGACAACGACAUCCAGGUCCGAGCGCUGCAGGGACACUCACACCUCAGCACAGUGCUGCGGUUCUCGGUGCGGGGCCCCUCGGGGCCGCUCUCUGGCUCCAGGCUGGUGAGUCUGCUGAGGAACCAGCUGCUCAGAGAGAAGAGUGAAUACCUGCUGUUCAGAGUGCUGAGAGUCGACACCGUCUUGUGUUUGCUCCGCUGCUCGGGCCGAGGACAGUGUGACCCGAUCACCAAGGAGUGCACCUGCGACCCCUUCUGGACAGAGAACCUAAUUCGCCGUUACCUUGGUGACGGGGAGAGUAACUGUGAGUGGAGAGUCCUGUACGUCAUCCUGACCAGCUUCAUGCUCAUGGUCUUCAUCCUGUCAGUCAGCUGGACCUUCAUCUGCUGCUGCAAGAGGAGGAGACAGACCAAAGUGAGGAAGAAAACCAAAUACACAAUCCUGGACAACAUGGACGAACAGGAGAGAGUGGAGCUCAGACCCAAAUUCAGUAUCAAACACCGCAGUACGGAGCACAACUCCAGCUUGAUGAUGUCCGAGUCGGAGCUGGACAGCGACCAGGACACCAUCUUCAGCCGGGACCGCCCCGUCCGCAGCAGGAACCGGCUCAGCGCUCAGGCGGCUCGCAAUGGGAACGCCUUCGGAUGA